CGCCGAGACCACAGCUAGCAGACGCGAUGCGAGUGAUUCUGCGGCACAGUUUCGGCACUGCUGUGCUGCUCUGCAUAAGGAGAUGCAGCCAGCAGGCGUGGCGGCCCAGCUACUGGCACCAGCCGGGCGCGCAGCCGCUGCUGGCGCUGACCAUGGGCCGGCUGGUGGAGCAGGCGGCGCACCGCUACGGCGACCGGGAGGCCGUCGUCUCCCAUCAGCAGGGCGCCAGGCUCUCCUUCCGGCAGGUCCACCAGGAGGUGGACCGACUGGCAGCGGGUCUGAUGUCGGUGGGGCUGUCCCGCGGCGACCGGCUGGGCUUGUGGGGUGGCAACUGUCUCGAAUGGUACGUCACGGCACUGGCAGCUGCACGUGCUGGGCUUGCACUUGUCUGCCUCAACCCGGGCUAUGAGGCUGCCGAACUAGGGCACUGCCUCUCCAAGGUGGAGGUUCGUGGUCUGGUGGCCACAGCCAGUGGUUAUGACAGGCUGCAGAAACUUUUGCCAGAACUGGGAAGCAGCAAACCGGGGAAGCUGCGGAACAAGGAGAUACCCAGCCUCAGCACCGUCAUCCUCACAGGCACCGAAGCUGCUGCGGGAACAUAUGGUUACAAUCAAGUAAUGGAUCUUGCGACAAAUGAAAACUUGGAACGAGUCUUAAAUCUCCAGAAGGACAUUCAGCCUGAUGAAUGCUGUCAGAUCCAGUUUACAUCAGGCACAACUGGAAAGCCAAAGGCUGCUGUCCUGACCCACCACAACAUUGUGAACAACUCUUUCUGUGUCGGGAAACGUCUACAGUUCAAUGAGAAGCAACAUCGCAUCUGCCUACAAGUGCCUCUCUUCCACUGCUAUGGAUUCUGCAAUGGGCUCCUUGCUGCGCUGCAUUAUGGGUCAACACUUGUUCUGCCUUCAGUGUCCUAUAGUGCAAGGGCAUCUUUGGAAGCCAUUGAAAAGGAGCGAUGUACAGCAGUGUAUGGCACGCCCACUAUGUAUGUGGACCUAGUGUCACUGAUUGAGUCUGGCGACGUGAGUCGUUACAGCUCACUGCAGUUUGCACUCAACAGCGGUGCCCUCAUCACAGAGCAGUUGUUCCGGCAGGUGCAGGAGAAGCUCAGCCUCAAUAAAGUCUGUUCUGUGUAUGGACUUACAGAGACUAGUCCAGUGGUGUUCCAGUCAUUGCAGUCUGAGUCACGAGAUCACAUGCUCACCACUGUGGGACAUGUCUCUGAACACGUUGAGGUGAAAGUCAUUGACAAGGAAGGAAAGAUGGUGCCAAUAGGUGAACCAGGAGAAUUAUGCAUUCGUGGUUAUGUCACCAUUAGUGGCUAUUGGGCUGAUGAGGCCAAGACUCGAGAACUGAUUGAUGAGAAUGGCUGGCUGAAGACAGGGGAUUUAUUUAUUCUGAAAGAGGAUGGCUACGGAAUGGUAGUUGGACGCUUAAAAGACAUGAUAAUCAGGGGUGGUGAGAAUAUUUCCCCUAAAGAAGUUCAGGAGCUGCUGGAGACUCAUCCAGAUAUACUGGAGGCACAAGUAUUUGGGAUUCCACAUGCAAGAUUAGGUGAACAGGUAUGCUCAUGCAUCCGAAUAAAAGAAGGAUCUGGGCUCACACCUGAGAAAGUCCAAGAAUUUGCAAAGGGAAAGAUUGCAGGUUUUAAAAUUCCAAAAAUAAUUGAAAUUGUUGCUGAAUUUCCAAGAACAACAUCUGGAAAAAUCCAGACUUUCAAGCUAAGAGACGCUUUCAUGACGAAGUAUCCUGCUCAGUAACAAGCCAUAUUGAAUGCAGUACAGUGUUGUGGCAAUGAGAAUUUCAGAGUAUGAACAGUUGUAGCAACUCAACCAGUGCCAUCCUGAUGAAGAACUCAGUUUACCAAAGAUGAAGAAGUAUUAUUGAAUGAGGGUGUAUAGUUCCUAGUGAACUGAACUUGUAGAGCAAGAGUUUCCUCCAACUAGGAAGUUCAUACCAUAGCAGGAUUAAACAACAUUUCCAGACAGUUCACAAGCAGAGCAGAGUGGGAAGCUGUUUGUGAAACAGUCGAAGCCAAUGAGUUAACAGCAGAAUGAAUCUGAUUGCACAUGUUUCUGUCAACAGUAUUAAGUGAUAUUGUGCAAUAUUACAAAAUGAUGCAGCUUGUAAAAGAGUACUAGUUUGUUCAUAAGAAGUUAAGAACUGCAACUUUAUAGAAAUUUGUUCAAGUAACAAGACAUUUCAAUUUCUGAAUUCCUGAACAAAUAUUUUUUAUACAAUUUUGAUGUAAAAUAUUUUUAACGUGAUAUUUGUACUCAGCUUUCAGCAAAAUGCAUGAAAAUAGACUUCAGUUAGCAGGCUAACUAAGCAUGUAUUAUAUCUAUUCAUGCAAUCCGAAAUAAAUUUCUGGAAUUUAUGCAACAUU